CUCCGCGAGUCAGCAGAGCGAGGCUGCCUCCGAGGCGGACGCCGCCGCUACUGGGGCAGCGGCGGGCGAGGCGGCGGGCGAGGCGGAGGGGGGGGCGGAGGGGCGGGCGGCGGACGUUGUCGAUCACGACGAGCUCAUGGCGCUUCUCGGGCACAGCGCACCUGCAGCGCCGAGCGAGGAGUCAUCCGAGGAGGAGGAGGAGGAGGAGGAGGAGGAGGAGGCCGUUGGCAUCUCGCCGCUGCAGCUCGUCGCCGCGUCAGUGCCCGUGCUCUCGCUCGAGCGGCGGCAGGAGCUCGGAGGCACAAACGCGUCCCCCUCCGACCUCAAGGCGGAGGUCGAGGCGCUCACCCCGCGCGGCUCCGGCCAGACGCCGCGGGGGAACGGCCCGCCCUCGCCGGCGCAGUCCCCAGCUCCCGCACCACCGCCGCCGCCGCCCGCUCCCGCACCGGCCGCACCAGCGCCUGUCGCACCGCCGCCACCGCCCGCUCCCGCCCCGGCGCCGCCGCCUGCUGCCGCCGCCGCCCCCGCGUCUUCGGCUCCGAUGACGCCGCGCAGCCAGGCGCAGAACGAGCUGGAGGAGAUGAAGCGACAGCUCGAGGCGAUGAAGGCGGCGCAGGAGGCGCUCAUGCGCGAGAAGGAGGCACUGCGGAACGAGAACAUGAACCUCAAGGUCACCGGCGGCGUGGAGGUCGAGGAGGACGAGGACGAGAAGGCGCUGCAGCACUUCCUCGGCAAGCUGCGCGGCGUGCUGACGAUGCGCUCCGAGGGGCGCUUCGACCAGAAGCUGUUCGACGAGUACAAUGGCGCCCUCGUCCAGCUGGCGGACGAGCAGCUGCAGGAGCUGUACGGCAGCUUCAUGCAGAUCUACGUCGAGGAGGCCUCGGACGAGGUCUUCGCGCGGCUCGGCAUCAGCAACGAUCCGGACGACGCGACGCUCGGCUUUGCCGAGAUGAUGACUAUUAAGCUGGGCGAGCUCAUCGACCAGCCGCGCCGGCUGCGCAUCCAGGCGUUCGAGGCGCAGCAGAGGCGCAAGCUGCAGCAGGAGGAGGAUCGCGAGCGGAAGCAGGCGACGAUGCGCCAGGCGAUGGCGAAGGCGUCCGCCCUCGCCUCGGCCAAUGCGAAGGUGCACGGGGCGCUCGGCUGGCUCUGGCAGACGCUGGCGGGCGGCGAGGGCGAGGUGUCCGAGGUGCGCCGCUUCAAGCGCAAGCCGGAGCUGGGGCUGCUCGUCUCAGACGCGGAGGAGCUGCGCAAGCUGUCUCCGUACGCGUGGCGAAACAUGGGCUGCUCCGGCCUCCGUCCGCAGGAGAUGCGCUGCCUUGUGCACGUGCUCGGUCGGCCGGGCAUGCCGGCGCACGCGGAGGACUUUCUCAAGAUGCUGCAGGUCAAGCUCGGGCAGACGGUCCCGUCGGAGCAGGAGGUGCGCGCGCUGUGCGAGCCGCCGGCCUCGAUGCUCCCGUGGCGCAAGGAGCAGCCGGCCGAGCCGCCCUCCGCACUUCCGCCGCCGCCACCGCCCUCUGGGGGGCCGCCGCCGCCGCCGCGAGCGCCGCCGCCGCCGCCGCGGCCGCCACCGCCGCCACCGUCUAGUUCGAGGUCUGGCGCCGGCGCGGGCGAGGGCUCGGACCCGCAGUCGGCGCUCUUUGCGGCGAUCGCGGCGCGCAAGGAGAAGCAGGAGGCGCGGAUGCGGGCGAUCGAGGCGGGCGAUCUCAAGGUGGAGGACCCGCGGGAGGCGCGGCUGAGGAUGCUCAAGGAGCAGCGCGCCGAGGAAGCGGCGGCGAAGAAGGCGGGCAGGGCCGCGGCGGGCGCAUGAGGAGUCAGGGGGGCGCGGAAGCCGGGGCGCGAAGGCGCACACGUUAGCAGGGUUGGCAGGCACCGGAACACGAGAGUCGUGUGUGCAGGCGUGCGAGGGUUGGGGCAAAAACAUCUCCCAACGUGCUGUGAAGUAUAAUGCUAUCCGUUAAAGGCGACGGAGUC